UCUCAGAGCAGCUGUGUGAUUUCCUGAGGAUUCCGUUGCUGGAGCUAGGGAUAAAAGUUCAUCUAUACACACAACAACCUGCAAGUCCAGUUUCUAUUCUUCUCUCUUUCUGCCUUCCCCUUCCCCCACUUUGAACCAGAGUAGCCAAAUUGAGGCGUGCUUUAAACAGCUUGAGGACUGAUCUGAAAGAGGAAGAAGAAUUUGUAUACAUUGGCUAGCAUAUGUGCCCUGCCCUCCUCUCCUCUUGAAAAUAGCAACAACUCAUCUUUUCAAAGAAGUUUGCCUAAAAGAGCAGGCACACUGUGAAUGGUGUUUACUUUCAGGACCUCCAGGGUAUUCAAAUUUACUGUACAGCUGACCAACGAUGAUUAGCUUUCCAAGGGACGGAUAGAUUGGAUUUACUGAAGACCUGGAGCUUGCUUCUGAGAGUGAAUGCAAAAGACCCUAAAUUGUCAACCUUGAAGUUAACAGGCUCACCUUGUGCCCAGCAUGUCAAUCCUGGAGAAUGUUCCAAGCCCACUUGGGAAGACUGUGUAUUCUGUUGCUUUCGGAAGGAAUGCUCUAUAAAUAUCACUUAGGCUUCAUCUGAUAUUAUAUCAUAAGAAGCGCUGACCACUAACCAAGAACAUUCGUGAAGGGUACUGUGGUGCCAGAAAGAGGCACCAAGAAGACUCUCCUAGAGAAACAUGGAUGGAGUUGGAAAUCUGACAGUAUCUUCUUCCAGUAGUAAUGCAUGCAAUGACACUAUUGAUGAUUUCCGAAAUCAAGUGUAUUCCACCUUGUACUCUAUGAUCUCCGUUGUGGGCUUCUUUGGCAAUGGCUUUGUGCUCUAUAUCCUCAUAAAAACAUAUCAUGAGAAGUCAGCCUACCAAGUAUACAUGAUUAAUUUAGCAGUAGCUGAUCUACUGUGUGUGUGCACACUACCUCUCCGUGUGGUCUAUUAUGUUCACAAAGGCAUUUGGCUCUUUGGUGACUUUUUGUGUCGCCUCAGCACCUAUGCCUUGUAUGUCAACCUCUAUUGUAGCAUCUUCUUUAUGACAGCCAUGAGCUUUUUCCGGUGCAUUGCAAUUGUUUUCCCAGUCCAAAAUAUUAAUUUGGUUACACAGAAAAAAGCCAGGUUUGUGUGUGUUGGUAUUUGGAUUUUUGUGAUUUUGACUAGUUCUCCAUUUUUAAUGUCCAAAUCUUACAAAGAUGAGAAAAAUAAUACCAAGUGCUUUGAGCCUCCACAGGACAAUCAAGCUAAAUAUUAUGUCUUGGUCUUGCAUUAUGUGUCAUUAUUUUUUGGAUUUAUCAUUCCUUUCAUUAUUAUAAUUGUCUGUUACACUAUGAUCAUUUUGACCUUACUAAAAAAUUCAAUGAAGAAAAAUCUAUCAAGUCGUAAAAAAGCUAUAGGAAUGAUCAUAGUUGUGACAGCUGCCUUUUUGAUCAGCUUCAUGCCAUAUCAUAUUCAACGUACCAUUCACCUUCAUUUUUUACACAAUGAAACAAAACCCUGUGAUUCUGUACUUAGAAUGCAAAAAUCAGUGGUCGUAACCUUGUCUCUGGCUGCAUCAAAUUGUUGCUUUGACCCUCUAUUAUAUUUCUUUUCAGGGGGGAACUUUAGGAGAAGGCUGUCUACAUUUAGAAAGCAUUCUUUGUCCAGCAUGACUUAUGUACCCAAGAAGAAGACCUCCUUGCCAGAAAAAGGAGAAGAAAUAUAUAAAGAAUAGUUUAAGUCCAUUUUUGAUGGAUUCCCAAAUCACUAUUUUCUCAAAUCAUUCACAGUAAAAAUAAGAGCUUCCAUUAAUAGUUUACCUUUAUUUGACUUAAUGACCUAGAAAUCUAUCUCAUUUAUGAAUUCACAUUAUUAGAGGUCCUAAAGAUAUUUUUAGUGUUAAAAUUCAGUUCAAGUCUAUGAACUAAAUUAUAAAUGAUUUUCUGAUCUUUCACCUAAAGAUGGACAAAAUUUGUAUCUUGGCACUGUAAAACAUAGGUCUGAGAUUAAAGUUUUCCCUCUCAAAUAAAAGCUUUACAAAGGGUAAGAACUAGCUUUUUAAGAUAUAAAUUUAGCUAAUAGUGAUCCUAACAUAUUUCUUUGCAUGCAUGCCAACAGAUGAGAACUGGAGUGAGCCAGGAGCUACAUAAAAUGUACUAUCAUCCUCUUUCUUUGUAGCACUGAUUGGCUAGGAAAUCACAGCCAUUUCUUUCCCUCGAGAAAAUGAUCACGUGUUAGAACAGCCUAGUCUUCAGCCAAAUGGCCCUAAAGUCUCCAUUCAAUGUACAAUCUGGAAACUGAGGAAGGUAAACCUGAUCAAAGGCUAGUUUGUCUCCAGUUUUCUUCUGCUUCUGCCUUAGGCUCCCAAAAGAGAAUAGUGGGGUUUUUGUUGCUCAUUGAGAUUCUUUUAGGGAACUCUCUCCCUAAACAAGAUGCAAUCCUUCCUUAAUAAAGCAGAUGACUGGCACUACCAUCUAAUAACAGAAAUCAUUUAAAAUUUAUCUAAAGAAGAGGAAAGAGAAUCUACUUUUCUACACACUUAUUACUGGAACCACAAUGAACUGCAAUGAUUCUCUGAAUAAAAAUUUGAAUGUUGAUAUUGCAAAUUUUAAGAAGUACUUACAUUUAUGCAUAUUGUGUAAACUAUAUGUAAGAAAUUUUUCUGUAUGCAUUUAUGAGUGGAAGUUAGUUAUAAGCUUUGUUAUAUUUUAUGCUUUUUACUUUCAUUAGCAUGUUGACAGGAAUACCAAAGAUAUACUGCAGUGGUUUUUAUGUUAUAGUGGAAGCUUUCUUCUUAAAAUAGCAACAGCUUGAUUAUGGCUGAAAUAUAAUAUUCAUGAGAAAGUU